AUGGUAGCAGCUGAGGAGGCAUCGGAGGUGAGCGGCCGGGAAGGAAGCGUCGGAGGAUGGCAGUCAACGACAUGGAUUAAGCGUCGACAUUUGGUGUGGCCGGAGAAGGCGACAUCUGGUCGGAGAUGGAGACCACCAGAGGAAUCAGGAUUCCUAAAUACCUGUAAACGUAAUCAAAACGAGAUAUUUAAUAGUCAAAGGAGCGAACGAUUAGGGCAGAUUGGCAACAGGAAAUCGAUGUCGAGUUCGUCAAGCACCAACAUCAGAACGUGCUAUUGUGGAGAUACGGUUGGAAUGUGGACAUCAUGGACUCGAAAGAAUCCAGGUCGGAGGUUUUUUGGUUGCCCAAAUUACAUGGAUGAAGAGAAGGACUGUGGGUAUUUUCGUUGGAUUGACCCACCACUAUUGAAUAAGUGGUAUAAAGAAAGAAUGUAUGAGUUAGGAGCUGUUGCUAAUGGGGGUGUAGCUAUUCCUUUUAAUAACCCUGUUAAUGAAGGUGAAAUACCUGUUGAUGGCCCUAUUGCCCCUGUGAAUGUUGAUGUCCCUAUUGCCCCUGCGAAUGCUCUUGAACCUGAUAAUCAAAUUGCAAUGUGUGACAAUACACAUGUGCCUAGUAAUGAAUUUGGAUUCUGCAAGUGGAUGAUGGUUUGUUUUGUUUGUUUCAUUGUAGGGAUGAUGUAUGGUUAG